AUGCGAUUACCGGAGCAGGAAUGCUCGGUGAUGAUCAGUGCGUACACAGUGAUGAUCUCUUCCGUUUUCUCACUGUGUCUCGUGCUCUCACUGCUCGGAAACGCCAUUGGUAAUUCCUCUCCUUUUUGUUUCAUUUCGAUUUUCUUAAAAAUGACGCGACGAGAUGAAAAUGUAUCUGAAAAUGGAUAUCUCGAAGGGAAGGGCGGAGGGGGUGUUGAAUAUUUCAUGUCCAAAAUCUCUUGUCUUUCCUGUUUUCUGCCACUGAGACCAAGAAUGGGACGGACUAGGCCUGAGGAGGAAGAAGAAGUGAAAGUGAAGGAUGUGUUUGGGUUUUGAACCCGAAAUAUGUGAUAUGUUACCCACGGGGCCACUGACGAAUUCGAGGGAACUAGAAAAAAGCCUCUAACUUUAGAGGAACGGCCUAGGUCUUGCAAUUAUUCGGAUCCAGAAUAUUCUAUGAGAGAAUUUCGCAAAAAUGCGUUGGAAUUGGAAAUAUGUGUAGAAGUCGUGCUUGGUUGGACCAAAAGAUCGAAAUAUUCAGUAAAGUUGCAGAUUUUAAGCCUAAAAACUUUCUGGUCAAGCCUUGAACCUUAGCAAAGUUAUCGCUAUAGAACGACACCAUCAUGCUGUUCAUUCAAGACGAUAUAUCUCAACUGCCAGUGGAGAUAUCAAAAAGGCGUCAACUAAUAAAAUGUUCAUUAAGAAAUUUUCUACAUUCUAUGAGUUGACAACUUUUUGUUAUCUCUACAGGCAGAUGAGAUACCUCCAAGUUUUCAGUGAUCCUGACCAUCCUGGGCAAAUCGCACCGCUCGCGGAGCAUCACAAACUUCUACCUGCUGAACCUGGCGUUUGCGGAUCUCCUCCGCAGCAUCAUAUGCAUUCCGAGCACUCUGCUCGGCGAACUCACUCAUUGUUGGCUGCUCGGCGCUGCCAUGUGCAAGAUUGUCGCAUUCCUUCAGCGUAAGUGAGCAGGAAGUAGUGAGUUCAAUUAAGAGAAGAGAUUAUAGUGGUGGUGGUGGAGACAUCAAUCAAAAUGUGACGUUUUGAAUGAAAAGAAAGACGAAAGAUCAGAAUGAAUGAAUGGAAAAGAGAAGAGUUUUUGGGUUUAGGGACGAGCUGGGCGUUCUUGGAAAACAGAAAUUUCUUGCGAAUGGAUAUUGGCACCAAACGAUAAUAUCUAGGGCUAAACAAAAUACCAACUUCCAGAUGACAAAAGUACGAGUUAAAUAAAUUUAUAUCAAACUCGAAAACGUUUGAAAAUCUAACUGAAUGCGUGAAACUUUCAGCCGUCGGCGUGUGCGCCUCCGCCUACACACUCGCCGUCAUCGCCAUCGAACGAUACUACGCCAUCUGUCGGCCGUUGGAAUCGAGGAAAUGGCAGACAAAGGUACGUGCGAUCUCCUCUAAGAAUCUCAAAAAGAGCUUUUGCAUUCAAAAGUAUAUCUUUUUUUAUCCCAAAACUCUUUUCAGAAACGUGCCCUGAUCACAAUUUCGCUCGUGUGGUGCUUCUCGUUUUCCGCCAACCUCGCCAGCCUUUUCCUCUACGACACAGUGCCGAUUGGCUCGAAAUUCACGUGUGACUCCACAAAAGGCCCCCUCGUUGACUUUAUUUAUCAACUUUAUCUCACAUUCGUAAGUUCUCUUUCAAACAAAAAAAAUCGCUUAUAUGCCAUGCCUUCAGACGCUUCUGUUCGUUCCGUUGGCUCUGAUGGUCGGGCUGUACGGAAAUGUGAUCAUCACUCUGAACACUGCGAUUAACAGCGAUAACCCGACGGUCGAGCAGCAGAUGAUUGAGAAAAGUGAGUCUCAGAACGCGUCUACAAUACCCAUUUCCGUCUUCAGCUCUUCCCUCGAGGGCUUCAUUUUCCGACUGGUUUGUGAGUGCGGUUCAGCGCGUUCCCAGCAUGAAAGUGGUGUCGAAAACGGUAAGAUUUCCCUCGAUUCUCCCUUCAUUUUUCCAUUACUCUAUUACAGCUACAAUUCAAGGAGAAGAACUCUCUGUCGAUCCCGCAGACGGGCGGUCUCUCGGCCCGUCCCAGUCGCUCCUCAUUCUCCUCGUUCUUCUCGACGCCACGUGGCUCUUUUGACGCCACAAUGCUUCUGAGGAGCACUAAUCAGGUAUGUUUUAUCUUCUCGAAAGUUCUAGAACCAGUGUGUUUUGCAGGAAAAGAUCCUGAUCGCGAAGAAGAAGGUGACACGGAUGUUGAUCACGCUGGUGAUCGUGUUCGCCUUCUGUUGGGUCCCUUCCUACAUGUAUUGGCUCAUUUUGCGGAUGGCCGAUUUGGCGGUGAGAAUUGAAUAUUCAAUGAUGAUUAUGGGAAUGAUCAGAGAGCAAAUUAGUGGGAAACUAGGCAAUAGUUUGCUAAAAGUUAAAGUAGAGUGGAGUCGAAUUUCGAAUGGUUCAACUUUGAGAGUGAACAGCAGAAUUGAGAGAUCCGAAAGUUUUUGAGUGAACGGAGAUUGCAAUCACAAAACCUUAGAGCAGUAUGACGUCUCCUAGCUUUACUAUGCACGUUCAAAGUUAGAGACUGAAAGGAAAGUUGCCCUGCUCUGAGGAUUUACAAGUGUUCUUCUAACUCAAUUUUUUAGGCGACGUCCCUGUGGAAUCCGGGGCUGAACUCCUCGCUGACCAUCCUCACUUACAUCAGUUCGCUGGCCAAUCCGAUCACCUAUUGCUUCAUGAACAAGUCGUUCCGAUCGUCAGUUCUGGCGUACUGCCGGCCGAAACCCAAGCGAGUUUUGGUAAGUAAUUCUCCCUUAACUUAAUGUGAUCUUCGGAAUUCAGACGAGAUGCUCGGCGAUGCCAACGCGAAAGAGUCCGUCGAAAGAGUCGCCGACGCAUAAUAUUCCAAUGAUCAAGGUUUGUUCGGAAUUCGGAGCUUUUUUGUAGAGUCGUAAGAACUUUUGAUUUCAGAUCGAUCUCGUGCUCGACAGCAGUGUUCACAUUUAA